AUGGCGAGUGCUUGGAUUGUAGAUGGCCGAGGAAUCGCAGCCAAAGUGAGAAAUGCAUCUGUCUCUUCAGCUCUGCAGAUCAAAGACUGUGGAGCUUCUAUCCAAUGCCCCAACUGCACUUACCGCAUUGACAACAGCAAUGUGCUGAUUCCAUGGCCUGGCCUUCCUAAAGGUGUCAAGUUCGAGCCAACAGAUGAGGAUAUCAUCGAAUUCCUGGAAGCUAAAUGUGGGAUUGGUGGCUCAGAAUCGCACGUCCUCAUCGAAGAGUUUAUUCGGCCUGUCACUGAAGAUGUUGGAAUCAACUACACUCACCCUCAAAACCUUCCUGGUGCAAACAAAGAUGGGAUAAGUGCCUUCUUCUUUCACAAGACGGUGCAAGCAUAUGGAACAGGGCAGAGGAAACGCAGAAAGAUCACACCCACAUGCGUGAACGAGGAACCAGUUCGCUGGCACAAAACAGGCAGAACCAAGCCUGUGCUGCUCGAUGGAGUGCAGAGGGGCUGCAAGAAGAUAAUGGUGCUCUACAAGAGCGCUAGAAAGGGAUCAAAGCCCGAGAAGUCAAACUGGGUGCUUCAUCAGUACCAUCUUGGCACAGAAGGAGAGGAGAUUGGAGACUUUGUUAUUUCAAAGAUCACAUAUCAGCAGCAGAAACUUGGAGAGAUCCCUCACGAAGGUGAGAGUUCCGGGGUUAGAGGUGGCCCAACAACGCCGAAAACGAACACUCCUACACCACCUAGACCUCUAGAUGAAGAAGCUUUUGAUGAUGCAAAGACGUUUGAUCCUUUUGCUGAGGUAAACCAGGGACUAGACAGCAUUCCAGAGGCUAUGUGGUCCAAGAAAGCUCGAAUGGAAGAUGAUAAUGUUGUAAACCUGAGUGAAGAGAAUAACUUAACAUGCAACGAAAGCAUUGAAGCUCCGUCUCCUUGGGAAAACCAGGCUCUCCCUAAUCCUAGCCUCGGGGAAUUUGAUGGUUUUGCGCUUUCAGAUCUUGAGAACGCUGAUUUCGGGGUUCCUCCUGAUUUCCUCACUUUGGCUUCUCAGGAGAGCUUGAUGAAUUGGAUUGGAUGGCUGUGA